AGAAUGGUCAUACCUAUCAAUAUCUUGAUAAUGAACUCGUUUAUCAACGUGUUAGUGAUAUUGUCUGAUAUUUUUGUGAUAGCCUUUGCAAGUAUCGCUCCAUGGGAUAACAAUAGUGUCUACGGAUAUUGCGUCAACAAAUCGGUUAAGAUGGAUCCAAUUCAGAAAAUUAUCCGUAAAAGGACAUUGAACCUACCGGAUGGAGGGAUGAUUGGAGCCCCGGAAGUGAUUCAGCUUGGCCAAAACCUUAUACACUUAAUACAAGCCAAAAAAGCUAUCGAUAUAGGUACCUUUACUGGUUCAUCAGCGGUGGCCUGGGCCUUGGCAAUGCCCAACGGAAGCGAAGUACUAACAAUUGAUAUUUAUCCUGGGAAUUAUGAGAUCAGUCGUGACCUUAUCAAUGCUAGGCCAGACAUUUACUCAAAAAUCAAGCGGCAUUUGGGACCAGCGGUACAAAAACUAGAUGCAAUGCUUGCUUCUGGAGAAGCUGGAAAAUGGGACUUCAUAUUCAUCGAUGCUGAUAAAAUUAAUUAUCCACGAUAUUAUGAGCAAUCAGUUAACUUACUGCGAUCUGGAGGGGUUAUCAUAAUUGAUAACGCCCUGUGGGGUGGAAGUGUUAUCAAAAAAACUCGUUAUCCAGGCGAUCGCAACACGGCAGCCAUUGAUGAAACAAAUCAGAAAGCUUCAAAAGAUUCCCGCGUAUACAAUUACUUGAUGAACAUUGCCGAUGGGAUACAUGUGAUUUUCAAAAAGAAUAAUGAAUAA